CCAUUUACUUCUCUCUUUACCCAAAACUUACAUUUCCAUUUCCUCUUCAACUUUUACCAUUUUUUUCCCCUCUCAUCUUUGCUAGAUUAUGCAAUGAGGGUUUUUGUUGUAGAUUAGAAAAAACUUGUAUAUAAAUUUGAUAUUAGAAGAAUAUUAAAUAUAAUUUAGGGGGAAAAUGGGACAACAAACGUUGAUCUACAGCUUUGUGGCAAGAGGAACUGUGAUAUUAGCAGAAUAUACAGAAUUUACAGGCAAUUUCACCACCAUUGCUGCUCAAUGCCUUCAAAAGCUCCCUGCUUCCAAUAACAAAUUCACCUACAAUUGUGAUGGCCAUACCUUCAAUUACCAUGUUGACAAUGGAUUCACAUACUGCGUGGUUGCAGCCGAAGCUGCAGGUAGACAACUUCCAAUUGCAUUCUUAGAAAGAGUCAAGGAGGACUUCAACAAAAGAUAUGGUGGUGGAAAAGCAGCAACCGCUAAUGCUAAGGGCCUUAACAAAGAAUUUGGGCCUAAACUAAAAGAACACAUGAAAUAUUGUGUGGAGCAUCCAGAAGAAAUCAACAGGCUUGCAAAGGUUAAAGCUCAAGUUUCUGAAGUCAAAGGAGUGAUGAUGGAAAACAUUGAGAAGGUAAUUAAGGCAGCUUAUAGCUUCCAACUUAAUAAGUACUUGACCGAGGCGAGAAGAUUGAGUUACUAGUUGAUAAAACUGAGAAUCUUCGAUCUCAGGCUCAAGAUUUUAGGACUCAAGGGACUAAAAUGAAAAGGAAGAUGUGGAUUCAGAAUAUGAAGAUAAAACUCAUAGCAUUUGGCAUCGUUUUUGUUAUUAUUCUAAUCAUUGUUUUAACCAUCUGCCCUCGUUUCCAAUGUUGAACAUGUCUUGGACAUGAUAUCCUUUUUCUUUUCCUUUCAUUUUUUUUUUUUUUUUUUUUUGGGUCAUUGAUACAUUUCUUAGAAUUAGAUUAUAUUUGUUUUGUAAUUAUAAAACGUUUCCGAAGCUACUUAAUUCCUAUGGCUCCGUGAGUUAGAAUUUCAUUUGUACUACUUAUCAAUUCGAGGCAACAAU